AUGCCCAGUGGCAAUCCCUCUCCGCUAGAAGAAAUAUUGCUGGCGGUUAAACAGAAUGGGGAUUUUAUACAGGCCAUAACAACCCAACUCGGGUCUAUCCAAGUCGACGUGGGAUUGAUUAGAGACUACUUGUCAAAAAUUCGAGACAUAGUCAAUAAUGUGGAGAGCUCGAUGGCUCUGAUACAGAAUGAAUCCCAAAAAACUAACUCUGAAAUUUCCACACUGAAGAUAGAAUUGAAUCUUCUGAAGAGAAAGGUGGCGGAUCUUGAAGAUAGAUCACGAAGAUACAACGAGAACAAUCUGACUGUGGUCACUGAGUUUUACAUUUUAGGAUUUCAAGUCAACCAAGAUUUAAGAAUUUUCUUAUUUUGUCUUCUUCUGGUGGUUUACUGUGUAACAAUAUGUGGGAACCUCCUGAUCAUCUCCCUGGUGUCCACCAGCAAGAACCUCCACACUCCAAUGUACUUCUUUAUCUCACAACUGUCCAUCAGUGACAUUUUUGUGAUCUCAGAUAUUGUCCCCAACCUGCUCUACAUCCUACUGAAUAAUGGAAGGACCAUAACUAUUAUUGAUUGCAUCACUCAGUUAUAUUUUCUGUGUGCCUCUGAAGCAUUUGAGUGUUUACUUCUCGCUGUGAUGUCUUAUGACAGAUAUGUGGCCAUCUGUAAUCCACUUCGCUACUCCACCAUCAUGACAGGAAGAUAUUGCAUAAAUUUGUCUAUAAACAGUUGGUUGCUUGGAUUUUCUAUCAUUUUGAUUUACAUCAUAAAAACUACAAAACUAAAUUUUUGUGGGCCAAAUAUCAUUGACCAUUUAUUCUGUGAUCUUAUUCCCUUACUAGAACUUGCCUGUUCUGACACCUCUAUGAUCCACUUAGUGGUUUAUAUUAUGGGUAUACCAAUUGUAAUAAUGCCAACCACAAUCAUUGUAGUGUCUUAUACAUAUAUUAUUUUAGCAGUCUUAAAUAUCCCAUCCAAUACUGGUAGACAGAAAGCCUUCUCCACCUGUAGCUCCCACCUCAUUGUGGUUUCCACAUUCUAUUGGACUAUGUUCAGUAUUUAUGUUGUCCCAUCGAAAGGGCUGACAAACACCAUAAGUAAAAUUCUCUCCCUGCUCUAUACUGUAUUUACUCCUUUGAUUAACCCCAUUAUAUACAGUCUGAGGAAUAAAGACAUUAGAGAAGCCAUACAAAGAACAUUUUAA